UAGUUGAAUUUAGAGCCGAUCUACAACAAUGGAGUUCAGUUUAUUGAUUUUUCUGAUCCUUUCAUGCUCCCUUUGUUACGUUUUUGCGUUGUCACCGAAACAAGAGGUGUGUCUUCUUCAAGUAGAUGAGGGGCCUUGCAGAGGAGAUAGCCAGCGUUACUACUACAAUACUAUCACUCAACAAUGUGAGGUGUUCAGCUAUGGAGGCUGCCAAGGGAAUGGCAACAACUUCAUGAGUUUUAUGGAAUGUAAGAAAGCAUGUUUUAGGAUACCAAAGAUCCCCCAGAUCUGCAGGUUCCAGAAGGAGGAGGGUCCCUGCCGUGCCAUGCACUGGCGCUACUUCUUCAACAUGACCACCAUGCAGUGUGAGCAGUUUGUCUACGGCGGCUGUCAGGGCAACGAGAACCGCUUCCAGAACCAGAUGUCUUGCAUGGAGUACUGUAGACCACACAAAACUACUCCUGUGCUCUGCCUGGAUCCCCUGGAUAAAGGAGGCUGUGCUGCGUCUAUUCUGCGGUAUUACUACAACUCAGCUUCCAGGAUGUGUGAGCGGUUCAUCUAUUCAGGCUGUGGAGGAGGCAGCAACAACUUUAUAUCCAGGCAAAGCUGCAUGGACGUCUGUGCUAAAGCUGGGAAACCAUGGAAACCCAGAAGAACAGGCAUGAAGAGAACAACCACCAAAAAACGCAUUAGAAUAAAGUCUAAUAACGGUAUUAAAUGGUCAACAAUUUGAUUCAGUGAUUUUUAUUCAAAGAGACACAUGGAUUGACUGUAAAUGAACAGACAUUGAAAUGUUGAUUUGUAUGUUUUUUCCUGCACCAGAAGUAACUAGCUACUUGCACUGCCUGUUAACUGUGAUGCACUGUUGAAAAUAGCAUCCAACCACUCGAAUGGGAAUCAACCUACACCAGCAGUAUUUUUGCUGUGUACCUUUCUCAAGACGGUGUAUUGUAGAAUACAUUUACCAUGGCAGCUAUCAUACAAUAUAGCAUUUCAUUUUUGUUAGCAAAAUAAUGAAUGUAUUUUUAGUAUUUUGUGUUUUUAACAUAGUAUAUUUCAACAAAAACCUUUGGUUAGCUUUAUAUGAAGUUUUCGCACAAUGGCAUAUUUUGGAUAUAAUUUAACUUUGCCUUGUCUGGAUAGUCUUGUUAUUAA